AUGUAUACAUGCCUUGUUCUACCUAACAAGUUAGCCCAGGGUUUCCACUGUUGUGUUAAGUCACUACAGCCUGAUGUUCUGCAACAGCUUCACUAUGCCCAUCAAGGUGCCGAGAAAUGCAAGCUUAGGGCGAGGGGGUCAGUAUUCUGGGCAAACAUCAAUCGUGAUAUUGAAGAGCUGGUUAAGAGCUGCCCCCCGUGUCAGCGUCACCAGAAAUUGAACGUCAAGGAACCCCUGCUGCCUCGUGAUGUGCCGCAGAAGCCGUGGCAUACUUUAGGCUCUGACAUAUUCUUCUGGAAUAAUGCUAACUACCUGGUAGUUGUCGAUUACUACAGCAAGUUCCCUGUGUUAAAGAAACUUUCCAACCUCCACUCGUCUUCAGUCAUUGCACACCUGAAAUCUGUGUUUGAGGAAUAUGGAAUUCCCAGCAAGCUUGUAACCGACAAUGGCCCCCAAUAUGCAUCUGCUGCCUUUCAGGAGUUCAGUCACAAUUACGGAUUCACUCAUGUUACAUCCAGCCCACUGUAUCCGCAGUCUAAUGGCAUGAGCGAGAGGACUGUGCAAACUGUAAAAGAUCUUUUGCAGAAGUGCAAGGAAACUGGGCAGGAUCCCCAUUUGGCCAUGCUUUGUCUUCGUAGCACCCCACUAAGUUGUGAUUUGCCUUCACCUGCUGAAAUGCUGAAUGGCCGAGUAUAUCAGACAAACCUACCAGCUGUCUCCAAGCCCUCGUCAUCUGCAAAUGGCGACAUCAAUAACGCCUCUGUGUCCAUUGGAAUCACGACAUGGUGUCAGGAGUGGGAUACGAUUGCUGAAUUGGACCUUCACCGUAUUUCCCAGCGAAGAAGAGAACCUGGUCGUCAAUAA